UCUAUCCCGCCGACGAGGGAAAUCCAUCGCGGCAUUUUGUAGGCGUUCGAAACGUUCAAUGAAGGUCAGUGAUAAACUUGCGGACAAGAUAAGACGCUUGCAAGCAGCGCGCACCUUAUUUACGUUGGGUGCCGCGUGCACCUGAGGCACAUCGAAGGCGUCUCGAGGACGGCAGCUUCUGAGGACAAAAAAGGCAACAUUGUGGCUGGGUCAUCUUCGUGCAAUGGAAGAUACCCCACUUCUGAAGUCACCCGGCAGCGGCCGCUAUGAGUCCUUCGUUGCAGCGGGUUCCUCCAUCGUCUAUCGCUCUGCCGACCCCGAAGCAGAGCAGCCACCGAGAAGACGAAAUUCAGCUUAUGAGCACUGCCAUCCACCGUCGGAAGAUGAAGUGGACACCUUGGCACGAAAGAAACUCAUCUUCGCCAGUGUGCUCUGUCUCCUCUUCAUGAUAGUCGAAGUAGUUGGUGGCCUGCUGGCCAACAGUUUGGCGAUCGCCACGGAUGCAGCCCACCUUCUAACAGAUUUUGCAAGUUUCAUGAUAUCUCUCUUCUCCCUCUGGUUGGCUACGAGACCUGCCACAAAAGGGAUGAGCUUUGGAUGGUACAGAGCAGAGGUGAUAGGGGCUGUGACCUCAGUGUUGCUGAUCUGGGUAGUCACCGGGGUCCUGGUCUUUAUGGCCGUGCAACGGAUCAUUAACGAUGAUUACGACAUCGAUGCCACCAUCAUGCUCAUCACGGCGGGUCUGGGGAUAGUCGUCAACAUCAUUAUGGGUAUCGGUCUGCAUGGGGUGUCACACGGUCAUUCCCACGACACCCCGAACGAUGCGUCGCGGGGGAACCGAAACCUGAACGUUAGAGCAGCUAUGAUUCAUGUCAUUGGAGACUUCCUGCAGAGCUUGGGUGUCUUUGUAGCUGCGCUCAUAAUAUUUUUCAAGCCAGAGUACCGCAUAGCAGAUCCACUCUGCACCUUCUUGUUCUCCGUUCUGGUGCUUCUUACAACGUUGGCCAUUCUGCGCGAAGCCCUAACGGUGCUGAUGGAAGGAAAGCCCAAUAGCAUCGACUUCAGGACCGUUCUUCAGCUCCUGGCCCAGCAAGAUGGGGUCCACCAAGUGCACAACUUGCGCAUAUGGGCACUCUCCAUGGACAAGAUCGCUCUCUCGGCUCAUAUCGUUAUUCGGCCCAACGAGGACGGAAUGAAAGUCCUCAAGAACUGCUCACGAAUGAUACGUUCAAACUUGGAUAUUUUCGAGAUGACCUUACAGGUUGAAGAAUACAACGAAGGAAUGGACGAUUGCGCAAAGUGUAAUGAUAGUCAGACCUGAAAAAAAAAAUCCCACAAAACUGCCUCAAUAAAUCUCUGUACGAAUCAUUUUGAAAAAGCCA